AUGAGUGAUUACGUUCGGAAGUCUCUGCAAAAUUUGGAUUUGGGAAUCAACGAUGUCCCAAUUGCUCUCCCGGCGGCGCUCUGUGGACAGGCCGUCAAUGCCAACCGUUACUCGUUGAUUGUUUCAGUGGUGAAUCCGCGCAAGCAAAAUCUUAAGGCGAUUGUUAACCAGAUGCCCAAAAUUUGGGGUUUUUCAGAUGAUUGUCGUGGAAGAGUUCUGGGUAAUGGUCGGGUUCUGUUUAUUUUCAAGACCGGAGAAUCUCUCCAAGUGGUGCUUCGUCGUGGUCCGUGGGCUUUUAACGACUGGAUGCUUUCUGUGCAUCGUUGGUACCCGAACAUUUCAGAGGAAACCAUGAAGAUUAUUCCCUUCUGGAUUCAAGUUCGUGGCAUUCCGUUCCAAUUCCUCAAUGAAGCGAUGGUUAAUUACAUUGGGGAUCAGAUUGGUGAUGUCGCUGAAGUGGAUUUUGAUGAAAAUGCUAAUCUGGUGGAGUUCAUACGUAUCUGUGUGAAUUGGAAUGUUGAUGUGCCGCUUCGUUUCCAAAGGAAUUUUCAGUUUGGGGGUGAUGAAAAUACCAUCCUGAAGUUCAAGUAUGAGCGUCUCCGUAAUUUCUGUUCAAAGUGUGGCUGUCUUCAACAUGAUGCAAAGGAGUGUCCUCUUACGUUUGAUGAUCAACCUGAUAUGGACGGUGAUGAUGGUAACGGUCACGAUGAUCAUGAUCAACAGGAUGAUCAAGAGCCUCAUGAUGAUCAAGAGCCUCACGAUGAUCAAGAGCCUCACGAUGAAAUCCCACACGCCAACUAUGAAUUUGAUGCAAACAAUUUGCCUACGCCUACUCCAACUGAAGAGAGAUCUCCUCUCACAAGAGUCUCAAAGCAUAAGGAGUUUAUCAUCACUGAGUCAGAUGGCUCUUCUCUCCCAAGUGUCUUUGAGGAUUCUGAACUCACGGCGGAAAGGCUUCGAUACCUGUUCACCAAAUUUGCUAAAGGAAAGGAGACACAAGAUGCUAGCCAAUCCAACACUGUUUUCAUCCCAGGGAUUCACACUUCAGAGGUCUCCCACAAGAGGAAGAGGAACUCCAUGGAACUCUACUAUCAACAAUGUGAAGAAGCAGAAGAUCUGAUGGUCCUGAGUCAGAUGCGCAAGCGAGAGAAGGUGGAGUCUGAAGGUUCUUGCAGCAGUAAGGCUAUCGACGGAGGCGCGGGGGGCCCGGGCAUCUGUUCGCCGCUGACUCAAUAUCGCCUUAAACGUUUAUGUCGUAUUUUAAAACCUCAUGUUUUAUUCUUGUGUGAAACUAUGAAUUCUUGUUCUGUUGUGUGUGAUUUUGCUUCUGUUUUAGGAUUUAAUAACGUUAUUACUCAACCUCCUCAAGGGAGGAGUGGUGGUUUAGCUUUGUUGUGGAUGAACACAGUUUCUUUGUCUAAUUUGUAUCAGGAUGAUCGUAUUAUUGAUGUUCACAUCACUAUUAAUAACAUUAGCUUUUAUUUGUCUGGUGUUUAUGGUCAUCCUGUUCCUAGCCAAAGACACAUUUUAUGGGAUCAUCUUGAGUCUAUAAAUGCAUCUAGAACUGGUCCAUGGAUGCUUACUGGGGAUUUUAAUGAAAUUCUGGGAAAUGAAGAAAAAAUUGGUGGACCUUUACGUGAAGAAUGGUCUUUUAGACGUUUCCGUAACAUGAUAUCAAGCUGUGAUCUCGCUGAUUUGAGAUCUAAGGGAGAUAGAUUCUCUUGGGUUGGGGAAAGAAGAAACUACACUAUUAAAUGUUGUUUAGAUAGAGUGUUGAUAAAUACAGAAUGGCUUGUUUGUUUUCCAAGAGCAGAGGCUGAGUUUUUAGAGUUUAAUGGUUCUGAUCAUAAGCCUAUUUUAACAACCUUUAAUCCACAAAAUACAGUCCAUUAUAAACCUUUUAGAUUUGAUAGACGUUUAACUCAAAUAGAAAAAUUUAGUGAGAUUGUGGAACAAGGUUGGAACAGUUGUAAAAAUAGGAAUUUUUAUUCUAUUUGUGAUCAGAUCACAAAUUGCAGGAGAGCUAUGGCAAGGGGAAAACACAACGUCAACUUGAAUGCUGCAAAACGCAUUGAUCAUUUUCAAGAUGCUUUAAAUAAAGCUAUGGAGAGCACUUUUGAAAGACAUCGAAGAGACAUUCCAAGACUACAAAGAGAAUUAACAAUGGCUUAUAGAGAUGAGGAAUAUUAUUGGCAAAAUAAGAGUAGGAAUCAAUGGAUGCUUCUUGGUGAUCGUAAUACUUCAUUUUUUCACGCGUGUACGAAAACAAGCUAUGCUCAGAAUUACAUCUCCUCUAUAAAAGAUGCAUCAAACAACAUUUAUGCUGGGGAUCAAAGUAUUGGAAAUCAUGCUCAAGAAUACUUUAAAGAAGCAUAUAAAUCAAACAGAAAUCCGGUUUCACCAAUUGAUUUUGGUGACUUUGCGUCGACUGUGACAGAAGAGAUGAAUACGGAGCUAACGAAGGCAUUCACAAAUGAAGAAAUUUUUGAAGCCAUAUCCUCUAUUGGAGAUGAUAAAGCACCCGGUCCGGAUGGUCUCACUGCCCGUUUCUAUAAACAUUAUUGGGAUAUUAUUGGUGUGGAUAUAAUUCAAGAGGUACAAGAUUUCUUCGAGACAUCCUACAUGAAGUCAGGUAUUAACCACACAAACAUUUGCAUGAUACCAAAAAUUACUAAUCCAAAAACCCUAUCAGAUUUUCGACCAAUAGCUUUGUGCAAUGUCCUAUAUAAAAUCAUUUCAAAGUGCUUGGUAAAUAGACUAAAAAAACAUUUAAAUUCCAUUGCAUCGGAUACUCAGGCUGCCUUUAUCCCGGGUAGAGUGGUCACUGAUAACAUAAUGAUAGCACAUGAGGUUAUGCAUUCAUUAAAAUCUAGGAAAAGGGUCUCACAAAAUUACAUGGCAAUUAAAACUGAUGUAACUAAAGCUUAUGAUAGGGUUGAAUGGAAUUUUCUAGAGGUAACCAUGCGUUUGUUUGGUUUUUCUGAUAAAUGGAUCUCUUGGAUUAUGGCAUCGGUCCGUUCUGUUAGUUAUUCUAUCCUUAUAAAUGGUUCCCCUCAUGGAUCGGUUAUUCCUGAGCGGGGUAUAAGGCAGGGAGAUCCCCUCUCGCCUUAUCUAUUUAUUUUAUGUGCUGAUAUAAUGAGUCAUUUAAUUAAAUCAAGAGUAAUGGAUGGAGAUAUUCGCGGAAUAAGAAUAGGAAAUGGAGUUCCAGCUAUUACUCAUCUCCAAUUUGCAGAUGAUUCUCUAUUUUUCUGCCAAGCCAAUGCUCGUAAUUGUCAAGCUAUUAAGGAGGUGUUUGAAGUUUAUGAAUAUUAUUCUGGCCAAAAAAUUAAUACAACAAAAUCUUUAAUAACUUUUGGUUCCAGAGUUUAUGGACAAGUUCAAAAUAGACUUAAAAACAUUCUUCAGAUUCCAAAUCAUGGGGGUGGGGGGAAGUAUCUUGGUCUUCCUGAACAGUUUGGUCGGAAAAAGAAAGAAAUGUUCAACUACAUAAUAGACAAAGUAAAACAACGAACUGCUUCUUGGAGUGUGAAGAAGUUAUCUCCGGCUGGUAAGGAAAUUAUGCUUAAAUCUGUGGCAUUGGCAAUGCCAAUUUACACCAUGUCCUGUUUUAAGAUUCCUGCAAGUGUAGUAAAUGAGAUAGAUUCUGAACUUCAACGCUUCUGGUGGGAAAAAGGGAAUGAAGAGAGGAGUAUACCUUGGGUAGCUUGGAAGAGAUUACAAUUCUCUAAAUUAGAGGGUGGCUUAGGUUUUAAAAACUUAUCAAAAUUUAAUGAUGCUCUUUUAGCAAAACAAGCCUGGAGAAUUUAUAAGUAUCCUGACACCCUUUUUGCUAGGGUUAUGAAAGCUAGAUAUUUUAGAGAUGAAACUAUUUUUGAGGCAAAAACAAGGGCCAAUCAAUCUUAUGGAUGGUCUUCUAUUCUUGAGGGUUUAAAAAUUUUAAAAAUGGGGACUCGGUAUAUAAUUGGGGAUGGCAAAACAGCUAGAGUUAAUAUUGAUAAUGUCACACCCACCCACCCUCCUCAACCUAUUCAGGGUAUUACUAACAUUAAUUUUGAGUUUAGAGAUCUUAUCUCUUCUGUAGGAAACCAUCGUUAUUGGGAUACUUCCAUAGUUUCUGAAAAAAUCAAUAUAAUUGAUCAUAGCAAUCUUUAUAACAUUCAUUUAUCUAAACUUAGUUUACCUGACAAGCUUAUUUGGCAUUAUACCAACACCGGUGAAUAUUCUGUUCGAUCUGGGUAUUGGCUUUAUACUCAUCAUCCAACAAAUAAUAUGGAUAACCCUCCUAUCCCCCAUGGCUCUAACGUAAAAAAUAAGAUUUGGAAGAUGAACAUUUUACCAAAAAUAAAACACUUUUUAUGGAGAAUCUUAUCAAAAGCUUUGCCCACCAUUACUCGACUAAACACUCGUGGGAUGAAUAUUGACCCUAUUUGUCCAAGAUGUUUUCAAACGGAUGAAACAAUAGAUCAUAUUCUUUUCUGCCCUCAUGCCAAAUCUGUUUGGGAAUUUUCUAAUAUUCCUAUUCAUAUUUUACAUACAUCAAAUGGGGGUAGUGAUACAAUUAUUGACGGUUUUAUAUCCUUACUUUCUGAUGUUGAGCUACCUCAUGAAACAAAAUUACUACCCUUUUGGUUAGUAUGGUAUAUUUGGAAAUCCAGAAAUAACUUUAUCUUUAAUGGCAUUCAUGAAAGACCUAUAAAUAUUGUUUAUCAUGCUCGGGGAGAUGUUCACAACUGGAUUAAAAAUAAUAAUCCUCCUAUGCCUCAACAUACAAAUUUAUUCAUGAAUAAUAAUGUACAUUGGUCACGCCCCAUAAAUGGUGUUUUUAAGUGUAAUUACGAUGCUGCUUUUAAUCAUAAUACAAAUCAAGUUAAAGGAGGAUGGAUCAUACGGAAUUUUCAAGGUGGUACGCUUGGCUGGGGAUCUGCGGUAUUGGGACAUGCUACAUCUUCAUUGGAAGCAGAAGCGAAGGCGUUGAUUUUAGCUAUGCAACAAUGUUGGAUCAAAGGGAUCAAAGAGAUUUGUGUUGAAGGAGAUAGUGAAGUGUUGAAUAAGAUCAUCAAUAAACAAUAUACGGAUGUGUCGAUCGAAGGAGUUUUACUUGAUAUUUUAUUUUGGACUUCGAAAUUUCAAUCAUCUACUUUUAUUUUCACUAGGAGGAAUUGUAAUGGUGCUCCUCACCUUCUUGCAAAAUAUGGUUGUAAUAAUUUUUCUUUUUAUUCUGACUGUUUUAAUCCGCCAGUUUGGCUAACACAACAAUUGUAUCAUGAUUACAUUAAUUUAUCUAUAUAA